AUGCAGAAUAUGUCAGAGAGGAACGUACCCACCCCUCUUCUGCCUGCGCCCCUCACCCCAGACCCCGCCCCCAUCCCCUUGGCCCUCCGCAUACCACUUGAGACUCCUGCUCCUAAUAUAGACCCAACUGGUUUGUGGGACAGGCAGGGGGAGAGGAGCCUGCAUGUAGCAGGACCUAGCGUUUGUUGUUGGUUGCGUAGAGCCCAACUCUUUCAUGGAGAAAAGACAUCCGCCUAUCAGGCAGGUAGGUCAUGGAACACGAGUAAGCCGGAUUUGUGUUCGAGAAGUGCGUGUAGGAUUGAAGCAUUUAGGACUACAAGGAAUAAGCUGGGGUAAAAAGCCUAUUGGAUUGUAAAUAAUGUUUUUAGUUUAGAGCUUAGUUCACCUUGAUCCUGAAUGUUUUUCCUUCGAGCUUCAUUCCAGCAGUGAUUUUAGAGCACUAUUAUCAAAGUGUUAGAGAGUGAUUGAGGUUGUUGGUGAUUUUUUCUGUUGGUCUAGAUCUCGUUUCGAGAGAUGCUUGAAGAAUUGAAGAAUGCAGGUAAUUCAGGUAACCUUCGGUGUUUGUGUGUGUGUGUGUGUGUGUGCAUGUACAUUUGUGUGUCUGUUUCGUGGAAUGAGGUGUAUAGGGGAUCUAUAACUGUAUGUGUGUGUGUGUAACUUUGUCCCCACUUCACCUCCCCAUAACUUCAGAGGCCGAUGUUGAGAUCUACAUGAAGUUCAUGAAAAGUCAUUGCUGCUAUGAGGCCAUUCCAACCAGCUGUAAACUGGUCAUAUUUGACACAACACUACAAGUAAGAGUCCAGUUUCCUGUAACCCACGUGUAUGUUGGAACUGAACAAUACAACAAUAAUUUGGGGGCAAAAAAUAGUCCAGGGUGGUGUUCAGUAGGGCACAUCGUAGCAAAAUGUCUUACAACAGGUUACAGGAAACAAAAAUAUGUGUUCUUACUUGACAAAUUCACAUAGUGCCUCCCCAUUUCAGAACAUAUUCUUCCUGCUGAACUCAACCCAGAUAUUUAAUCUCCCUCCACUUCCCAAGGGAAAGGUCGUGGUCCCUUUUGGUAUGACAUUUUAAGUCAGAGCUCCUCUCUCCUGUAACUACAGCUACAGUUAUAGCUGUUUUCCCUUUUCCCUGCAGCAAUAUGUCAUGUGCUGCAGCAAUAUUUCAUGUGCGGCCCCCUCAUUCCUUCUUCCCUAAAACAUACUCGCUAGUAAGACCGGUGUUAACUAGUUGUGUUAAAAAGAAAUCCUAUGUUUGCAGGUGAAGAAAGCCUUUUUCGCUCUUGUAGCAAACGGCUUGAGAGCUGCACCUCUCUGGGAUAGCAAGACGCAGAGAUUUGUGGGUAAGAGAAUAGAUUAGGGGGUGCUCUCUUGCUACUUGCUAAUGGCAACGCAAUGCCCUGAAUGAUUGCAAGCUUGGGCUGGUUUUGGGGGCAAUGUGAUAUGAAGACUAGACACUAGCUCGUAUCCAUGUCAAUAGUGAUAUGAGCUCUCUCUCUCUCUCUCUCUCUAUUGUCCUCACAGGAAUGCUGACUAUAACAGAUUUCAUCAACAUUCUCCAUCGUUACUACAGGUCCCCAUUGGUGCGUAUUUGAGCCAAAUGCAGGUCAAUAUCCCAAAGUGUCUGAAAUGGAUUGUGUAGCUCAAUAAACAUAUUUUAAGAUGAUUUGGACAUGAAACAUUUUUUGACAAAAAUUCUUAAAAGUUAGCCUUUGGUGACAGUGGCCAUGUAAACAAAACCAAAGCAUGGAUUGCAGUCUUACCUUGUCCAUAAAUUGCUUACAGGGUAAGGAAACCAUUUUGUAAUUUGGGUGGACUAUCCCUUUAAGCCUAGUCCUGGACUAAAAAGCAUGUUCAAUAGAGACAAGAUCAUGGUUGUGUGAAUGACACAGAAAUCAUUCAUAAUAUAAGUUGUCCAAUAUGUUUCCCCACUCCCAAAGGUUCAAAUGAAUGAGCUGGAGAGGCAUCAAAUUGGGACAUGGCGAGGUGAUUCAUUCAAGUAAAUAAGCUAGAGAAGGCAAAUGAUGCAGUGUUCUAUGUCUAUGGUAUAUACUUACAUGUCUUUCUGUAACUUUCCCUUCUGUUUAUUUCUCUCUCUCUCUCUGCAGAUGUGUACCUGCAAUACUCCAACCACUGUCUUCACAGUAUCACUCCAGACGCCAGGUGAAUCUACGCAGCUCUCAGUCAAGCCAACUCCUGUCACCUGGCUUUGCCUGAGUUGUUACUUUUGCUGAUACCUUUUUUAAUGAGUGACAGACUAAGGAAAUUGAGGCUGGGAUUCAGUAUAUUACAGGCAGUGUUCUGGGUUGUGUUUAGUAGGGCACACUGUAGCAAAACGUUUUGCAACAUGACCCAUGUGUGGAUGUUGGUUGUGCUCUCCAGGGUUAGACACAGUUACCAUAGGCCUAGUCUGUCUCCCCUCCUCUCUUUGCAGCCUCUUCGACGCCAUCUACUCCCUACUGAGGUAUAAGAUCCACAGAUUGCCAGUUAUCGAUCCCGUGUCCGGAAAUGUCUUACACAUUCUCACGCACAAGCGAAUCCUCAAGUUCCUCCAUAUAUUUGUAAGACAACAUGACUUGGAGAAGAUGUGUGUGUGUUUAUGCUUAUAUUAUAUGGGCAUCCAUUUCAACCAGUGGUGUUGUGAACUGUAUGUUUUCCUUUUACAUUCCUUGUGUUCCUUUAAAAAAAAUAAAGUACUCUACACAGAAAGAGACAGUCCCAAAACCCUGCUUCAUGCAUAAGACGAUCCAGGAUGUUGGGAUCGGGACAUUCCGGAACAUUGCCACAGUACAGCAGACGGCCUCGGUCUACGAUGCCCUGUCUGUGUUUGUAGAGAGGAGGGUCUCUGCGCUGCCCGUAGUAAACGAGCAAGGUGGGUUAACCUAAUCUCUUGUUCAGAGUCAAACACUGACUCGUACAGUGUAUGUGUAUGUCCUUAUGUAGGUGCCAUUCAAAAAGAAAGUUAGACUUGUAGGAUGUAGGUAGGCUAUGUACAUUAUCUCACUGUCCUUUGUACACCAAGGCAAGGUGGUGGCCCUCUACUCCAGAUUCGAUGUGAUUGUAAGUACCCCAAAACUGCCUGUUACAGUUUAAUUCACCUGAAAACAAUACAAAAUAAAGCCCUUCACGUCUUUGUUGGUGCAUUGUGUACAUUUACAUUGUUCCCUCCGCUCCUCUCCUCUUCUCGGAGACAGAAUCUGGCCGCCCAGAAGACAUACAACAACCUGAACAUGUCCAUGCAGGAGGCCAUCCGGCGGCGCUGCUGUUUCGUAGAGGGUGUCAUCAAGUGCCUCCCUGACGAGACCCUGGAGACCGUCAUCGAUCGCAUCAUUAAGGCUGAGGUUAGUGUCCCACUCUGCUCCCCCCAGGUUAUGUUCAUAUGGCACCAAAUGGAAGAAAACAGGCUGAAACAGGGAGGGACUACCUGAACUUGUCGAAUAAGAAACACUCGUUCUUAUUGCUACGUUUUGCUACGGUGUGCACUACUGAAUAUGACCCAGGUUGUGUCCUCUAUCACGGUGGCCCUGUCUCUCCACUCCAUCUAAGAGUUUGUUUAAAAAAGACAUCAAAGAAAUGGCCGCUGAUAUGCUGUAACAUGUAGCUCUAUUAGCCCACACAAUGAAAUAGAAAUAGAGUUAUGAAGGUUUGUGACAUAGGCCACUCUAGUAUUAUAAUGUAUUUCAAUGUAUUAGCUGUAGACUGUAUAGGUAUUAGCCCUCUGUUGCUUACUGCUCUGCUCUACUCUACUCUACUUAAUUACCGGUAAAUCCUUGUUGUCUAACCACUGUCAACCGUUUCCCACCACACACCCCCAUCCUCUCCCCCUCCUGUCCCAUACUGCCCUCAUUCUCUCCACAUCCUCUCCACAUCCUGCCCCCAUCCUCUCCCCCUCCUCUCCACAUCCUGCCCCCAUCCUACCACCAUCCUGCCCCCCCAUCCUCUCUCCAUCCUACCCUCAUCCUACCCCCAUCCUGCCCCAUUCCUUCUCCAUCCUCUCCGCUUCCACUCCUGAUCCUGUCCCCAUCCCCUCCCCUCAGGUCCAUCGGCUGGUCCUGGUGGACAGAGAGGACGUGUGCAGGGGGAUCAUCUCUCUCUCCGACCUGCUACAGGCCAUGGUGUUAACCCCAGCAGGUAUUGACGCCCUUUUAGCCUCUUAGCACCUGUGGGAGUCAGGCCCCCUUGCCCUACCUCCAUCUUCCACCGCCUCUAGCCCCACCUCCCUGGCCCAG